CAGAGCUCACCAACGAAGUGCAGCCCAUAUAUGUGCGCGUUAAGCUAAGCGAGAACGUCUGAUCGACAUAUCAUCGAAUGUGAACCACACCGGCCACUCUACACGUUUUUUUAGGCCCGACGACGACGUAUGAGAGUAUCGCGGUGCCGGACCACAACGCUGGAGCCGCCAACAAAUUGACGACGAUGUGCUAGCGAUGAUAGGUCGAGUGUCGCAUCUAGACGCAGCAGCGCACGUGGUGACAUCACGCAAAAAUAGACGUUGCGAGUUCUUCAGCGUCCGGGUCGAACAAGACGAGCACAGGCUAAAUCGGCGUUAUGCAUACCGGGUAUUCCCCGCGCCGUACUUGAGACUCAAGAUGCGAAUCGCUGCGGAGGCUGCAAGGCCGAACAUCGCACGAUCACCGCCAAUUACCUCACAAAAAAAUUGAGGUGCAGCGGUAGCCGACUGGUCCUUUAAACUACGAUGUGAACUAUGGGAAAUAUCAAUCAA